GUGUGUGUGUGUGUGUGUGUGUGUGUGUGUGUCUCUGCAUGCUGCUGGUCGUGCUGAACAGGCGGCUGCAGUAUUUUUAACCCGCUAGAUAAGACAGCAAGUUGUAUGUGUGCAUUGCUUUCCUGGUGUGGUUUUGCGCUGUCAUCUGGAUGACUGUGGGCCAUACUUUUUAGGGUGAGGAGGUUCGACUCUUUGCGCAGCAUGACGAAGCACAAGCUCUUCCUGCUGAGGCACGGGGAAGGAGCCUGGAACAAGGAGAACCGUUUCUGCAGCUGGGUGGACCAGCGGUUGAGCGAGGCCGGGGUCACGGAGGCGCAGGAGUGCGGGCGUCUCCUCAAGGAGCGCGGCUACGAGUUUGACAUCAUCUUCACCUCCAUCCUGAGCCGCUCCGUGCAGACGGCCUGGCUGGUGAUGGAGGCCAUGGGCCAGGAGUGGGUGCCUGUGGUCAAGUCCUGGCGGCUCAACGAAAGGCACUACGGAGCCCUGAUCGGGCUGAACCGCGCCGAAAUGGCCCUGAACCACGGUGAGGAACGGGUGAAGGUUUGGCGGAGGAGCUACGAUGUGACACCGCCACCCAUUGAUGAGUCCCAUCCCUAUUUCAAUGAAAUCUACAGCGACCGCAGGUACGUCACCUGUGAUAUACCCAAAGAGGAACUCCCACGGGCAGAGAGCCUGAAGGAGGUUCUGGAGCGGCUCUUACCCUACUGGAACGAUGUCAUCUCACCACAGAUCAAGCAGGGAAAGACGGUAUUGAUUUCUGCUCAUGGAAACAGCUGUAGGGCUCUUCUGAAGCACCUUGAAGGGGUUUCAGAUGCUGACAUCGCCGACGUCACUUUGCCCACGGGCGUCCCGGUUCUCCUCGAGCUGGAUGACAACUUGCGCCCUCUGAAAGCAAGGCAGCUCCUAGGAGACCCGGCCAAGAUUCAGGCAGCUAUCAAAAAAGUGGAGGACCAGGGAAAGGCUACAGUCAACACCAAAUAGAGACCACUGUGGAGAACAGAGCCCUUCUGUAGCAGGAGCUAUUACCGUUUGUUACAGCAAUUUCACAACUGAGAUAUAGAGUUUAGCUCAAGUGUUUGGUUUCAACCUUAAGUUAGUAGGAUGACUUUUAGAUGUAAGUGAGGUGUCCGUACAGUACAGUCAUCUUUAGGUAUUUAAGCAUUUCAGGCAUAUGAAGGCAGUAGCUUGGAGUGGUUUGCUUCUUAUUUAUUCUAGUGCUACAAUUUUAUUUCACUUUCCCUUGUUAACAUUUCUUCUUUUGUGUUUUCAUCCGCUUUUGAAAAUGAUCUCAGCUGCAAAUCAUGUUCAGACUGAAGUGCCGCGAAGCUAAUACCUCACAAGGUGUGGUUCUGUAGUAAACUCAUAGUAUGUAAGCGUGUACUUUAUGCACUGUGCAACGUGUAGUGUCAAUCUGGUAUAAUCACUUUGUCACAUGCAUUUGGCAGACAUUGGAAGUUACAUGAUGAGGUUCAUUUGGUGCUGCAUGACCUGAGUAAAUAUGGGUUUCCUUAGUGUUUUUUAAUUA